AAUAGUUAAAAUGGUUGAUUUUUUUAGACAAGCACGCGUUCAAUGUCCCGCAGUGCCUGGGGAAGAGGGGCGGGGUCGCCUCGAGUCACGACUCCCCGAGAUGAAGGUGACGGGCGGCUCAUUUUCUCCGCCGCUUCCUCCUCGAGGCAGAACCCGACCGGGUGGUCGUUCGCGGUCCUUCCCCGUAGCGGUAAUGCCGCUCGCUCCGCCGCGGUGGUGGCCGCUCAACGAUGGACCGGUACCGGGGCGGCCGCGGCGCGCAGCCCGUCUGGAUCUUGGCCGCGACUUGUUUGCUCGGCGCCGCCCGCGGCUCUCCGCUCCCCGUCGAGCCUGAGGCUUUCCUGGAAAAAUAUGGCUACCUUCGUGACGGCAACCUCGCCCACGACGCAGUUGAGAUGCGCUCGGCAAUCCGGGAGUUCCAGUGGUUGUCUCGCCUGCCCGUGACAGGCGAACUGGACAGCGCCACCUUGAGGCAGAUGGCCGAGCCGCGCUGCGGCGUGUCGGACGAGGGCAGCCAGCGGGUGUGGGCUCGGAGGGUCAACGUCGUCUUCGCCGGGACGGGUUCUGCCGCGGCGCCGCCGCCGGGCCGCAGGAAGCGCGCCGCAGCCGAAGCCUACAAGUGGUCCAAGCGCCGCCUGUCCUACCGGAUCGUGAACUGGCCGCGGCGCUUGCGUCUGAGCUCGGUGCGACUGGCGGCGAGCGCCGCUUUCCAGCUGUGGGGGAACGCGUCGGGCCUGGCGUUCCGGGAGGCCCCCGACGGGCCCGCCGACAUCCGGCUGGCCUUUUACGAGGGGGACCACGACGACGGCGCCGGCAACGCCUUUGACGGGCCAGGGGGGACCCUGGCCCACGCCUUCCCGCCCCGCCGAGGCGAAGCCCACUUCGACGAGGCCGAGAGGUGGACCCUGAACGGGCACAAGGGCCGCAACCUGUUCACGGUGAUGGCCCACGAGAUCGGACACACCCUGGGCCUGGAGCACUCGCCCGUGCGUCACGCCCUCAUGUCGCCCUACUACAGGAAGCUGGGCCGCGGUCUGGUCAUGAGCUGGGACGACGUCUUCGCCGUGCAGCGGCUGUACGGUAAGCCGGCAGGCGCCGGGCCGGCGCGCCCGCCGGGCGAGGCGCUGCGCGCCGCCCUGCAAGAGUGGGAGUUCAUGGACGCCGGCGACGGGCACGAGGGCGGCCCGCCCCUCUACUGCCGAUCCGGCGUGUUUGACGCCAUCACUCAAGACCCCAACGGGACCGUGCUGGUGUUCCGAGGCGGCGUGUACUGGAGCGUGUCGGCCGGGGGGAGGGCGAGCGGCCCGCAUCCUCUUCGCCGGCGUUGGCCCGACCUCCCCGCGGCCAUCGAGGCCGCCGCCUUCUCGCCGUUGGACGCAAAGUGGUACUUCUUUCGAGGGAAACGCACGUGGCGCUACACGGACCAAAUCCUCGACUCCGGCUUCCCCCGCCAGAGCGCCGACGUGGGUCUACCUCGCCACCCGGACUGCGCCUUUUUCUACGCCCCUUUAGGGCACAUGGUACUGCUCAAGGGGUCUCGCUACUUCGUCCUCAACCUGCAGACCUUCAGCCGGGAGCCCUACUACCCCCGCCAGCUGAAAGACUGGAGUGGCGUUCCGCAGGGCACCAACGGGGCGCUGAGCCGGCCCGACGGGCGCCUCUACCUCUUCAGGGAGCGCCGCUUCUGGAGGUUCGACCCGGGAAAAGUGCGGGUCACUCGAGUGGGCCAGUGGUCCAAAGAGCUGAGCUGGACUGGUUGCGGGCAAGCUCCUCAGAGCAAUGACAUCGCGUGACCAGCAGAGGGAGCGCUGACUCGUCGCGGUUUAGCUUUUGCCAGAGGCACAAGUAGGCGAGCUCACUUACCACCGUACCGUUUUAUAUUUAUAACCUCAAACUGUUUUAAUAGUAUUAUCUACUGUAAAUGUGACUGGAUUAGGAUACUUUAGUGAUAAACUACGGUCAAACCUCGGUUCUCGAACGUCCCCGUUUUCAAACGAAAGAUACAGAUACGGCAAUGCACUCCCAGCCUAGCGUACUCUACUACUAAAGCAAAUAAAAA